GAAUUUUUGAGGUUAUGUUUAAUUUGUUAACAUGUUUGUUACAAAAAUAAAACCACAUUUUAAUUCGUAAAUAUUGUAUUACAACUUUAUAUCAAAAUGGGAAAGCAAACUGUCCGUUAUUUCGAAAAAGAGGAAUCGGCAGAAAAUCCAUCGAAUAAUAAUGGCACUAUUACAUACGAUAACACAGAUAUAAAGAAGAAAGCUUGGGGUAGGAGAAUCGAAGAUAAAAGAAUAAAGAAAGGAAAAAAGAGAAUUAUACAAAUACCUAAUCCGAACCCGAAGUAUAAAGGCAAAGUUAAACCCCCCAAAGAACUGAUCGAAAAGUACAGCAAAGGCGAAGGAGUCGAGCUUAGAAACGUCACAACAUCAGUACACCGUAAGAGGAUAGAAAAAAAGGAAAAAAACAUCAAAUUUUCAGCGGAACACGCCGCUCUAACGGAAGUACUCCUUACCGAGGAAGCCGGUUUUCUAGAAGCCGACGAUGGCGAAACCACCACUCAAUUUACGCAGAAACAAAUCGCACAACAAAUCGACAUCGCUGCGGCCGCCAAACACUUCGAUUUGCGACUGGAAUUCGGACCAUACCGAGCCAAGUACACGAGAAACGGCAGGCAUUUGCUCAUAGGCGGCAAACUGGGCCACGUGGCCGCUUUCGACUGGGUCACCAAGAAACUGCACUGCGAAAUCAACGUCAUGGAAUCCGUGCACGACGUGUCUUGGUUGCACAUCGAAACGAUGUUCGCUGUCGCCCAGAAGAGCUGGGUCUACAUAUACGAUAACCAAGGGAUCGAGUUGCAUUGCAUCAAAAGACUAAACAAGGUGUCUAGAUUGGAGUUUUUGCCCUAUCAUUUCCUAUUAGCUAGCUGUAGCGAUGAAGGGUAUUUGAGCUGGUUGGACGUUUCGAUAGGCCAGUUGGCCGGGCAAUAUAAUACAGGUUUGGGAAGGCUUUCUGUAUUGACUCACAAUCCUUGGAACGCGACUCUCUGUUUGGGUCACGCCAAGGGGGUCGUGUCUUUUUGGUCGCCCACUUCGAGGCAACCUCUAGCUAAGAUGCUUUGUCACAAAGCCCCCAUAUUGGGAGUUCACGUAGACCCUAGUGGAAGAUAUAUGGCGACAUCCGCUUCGAAUAGAGAACUGAAAAUUUGGGAUAUUAGAAAACUCGAAGGUCCUCUACAGGAUUACAAACUAAUCCAAGCGGCUAAUAACUUGAGUUUUUCACAAAAGAAAAUGCUGGCAGUCGGAAUGGGAAACGUCGUAGAAGUUUAUAAGGACUGCUGUUUGACAACGGCGAAGCGAGCUUAUCUGAGGCACAGAUUCGUAACGCCGAUAAAUAAUUUCAAUUUUUGCCCAUACGAAGACGUGCUCGGUGUGGGUACAUCUAAAGGGUUUACGAGCUUGUUGGUGCCGGGCGCCGGAGAAGCCAAUUUCGAUACGUUGGAGGCCAAUCCUUACCAGUCGAAGGCCCAACGAAGGGAGGCUGAAGUUAAAUCUCUGUUGGAAAAAAUACAACCCGAGAUGAUAACUCUAGAUCCGACUAGCAUAGCUGAUGUUGAUGUACCUUCUCUUCGGGAUAAGAUCGAAGCGAAGAAAAACCUACUGUAUCUCAAACCGCCUGUAAUAAAUUACGAACCGAGGAAGAAAGCGAAGGGCAAGGGAGGCAGCGUUAAAAUCGCGAGAAAUAAGAAGAUAGUACGAGAGGAUGCCAAGAAGGAAUUUAUAAAGAAGAAGAAAGAAUUGAUGGAGGAGCCGGAAUCCGUGGAUGCCCCGAAACCAGAAAAACCUCCGCACGUUUUAGACAGGUUCUUGCCUAAAAUUAAGAAAUAAUUUAUAACAAUAUUUGGUUAAUGCAGCAUUGUGAUAAGUGCUGUUGUAAAUAAUUUCAAUUUGGAAUAAAACACAG